GCAGUUUGCCAGUCACACAUUUUAAAAAGAAAUUAACGAUGGCGACUCACGAGCGGCGAAGAUCUGAAAGUACUGGAUGGCCGUCAACUUUCAAACAGAACCGAAGUAGUCAUGGGUCAACGUUGACUUUGGAAAGGACUAUAAAUUUGUAUCCUCUGAACAAUUACACAUUUGGUACCAAGGAGCCUCUCUAUGAAAAGGACAGUUCAGUCCCAGCCAGGUUUCAGCGCAUGAGAGAGGAGUUUGACAAGAUUGGUAUGCGCAGAUCAGUGGAAGGAGUACUGAUUGUGUAUGAGCAUGGCUUGCCUCACGUACUUCUGCUGCAGCUGGGAACUACGUUUUUUAAACUGCCAGGAGGUGAGCUCAAUGCUGGUGAAGACCAGGUUGAUGGACUGAAGAGACUACUUACUGAGACUCUUGGCAGACAGGACGGUGCUCCCAUGGACUGGGUCAUAGAGGAUACAAUUGGCAACUGGUGGAGGCCAAAUUUUGAACCAUCACAGUAUCCCUACAUACCAGCUCAUAUCACCAAGCCUAAAGAACACAAGCGUCUCUUCUUGGUGCAACUUCCAGAAAAAGCCCUGUUUGCGGUUCCACGCAAUUACAAGCUUGUAGCAGCUCCCUUGUUUGAACUGUAUGAUAACGCAGCAGGGUACGGCCCAAUCAUUUCCAGUUUACCGCAAGCUCUAGCCAGAUUCAACUUCGUGUACAAGUAGUCCGCAAAGUCUGCAAGGAUGUGUCCAGUCACUGAAAGAGCUCAUCUCAGCCAGCGAUGUGACAAAAAGGAUACAUCUCAACACUGUACAUAGCCCAUCUUCGCAUUGACACGUUGAUGUUUCUUUUUCUUUUUCGUUACAUCGUAUUUCAUACCUUCAGCCUGAUUUGGGCGAUAUUUCAUACGUUAUUUGAUGCGAAACGUUCGUAGAAAGGGCGAGUGUUUGGUCAGAAAGAGUGUAGUAUCGCCCCUCAUCUCAAGAUUGUUGUUAUGUGUCUCCUCAACAACAACAAACAAAAAAUAGCUGUAUGGUCUGAAUUUGAUGAAUUAGGUCCCCGUAAAGCAUUACCUUCGUCAGAGGUAUGAAGACAGUGUUGUCUAAAUGUGUACAUGUACAUGAAUUGGUUUUGAUGUGUUUUUAAUUGGUUUUGAACGAAAAAGAAUGUUAAGUUUAGUUUAUGGUUCAAUUUUUAACUGGUCAUUUUUAUUCAGUCACACAGGCCGUUUUUUUUUCUGUUGUUUUUUUUUUUUUAAUAAAAUCGUUGCUCUUUGUCAUAAAUCUGUCAGUUUCACAUUUUGAAAAUAAAGAUGUUCAAAUACUUGACUUCAUCAAA